AUGAAAUUCGAUGCGAAAGCACACUUGAAUAUUCAGUGUGGUGAACAUGAUGCCGCAACCAUGGAUUCCCAGAUCAUCACCUGUCUGUUGACAUUGAGUUCGUUCUGGAUUGAUACACCAUCGAUGGCGAUUGCGUUGGUGAUUUUCAACGUUCUCCUUCAAGGUCUCUUUGGAUGGGACCUCAUACGGGAGUUACCACCGGGUAGCGGAAGCAUACCUAAGAUAGUAUCUCUAUAUGGAUUCAAUUUGUCAAUGACUACCAUCGCUUUUAUCGUUCACGUUUUGUCGCAGUUUUUCGAAUCUGUUCUACCGGAUGACUUGGAGCUGCCAGAAAAGGUGAGCAGUUAUGAGCAGGUUCUAACUCCUUAUUUGGAUACGGGCGUCCAUCUGGUUCAUGUGACAGCGGCAGGCUCGCGUGCGAUUGCUGAAAGAGAGAGGAGAAAAUCGUGUCACCGCUUGUCCGGAUGCCUAAAAGUGCUUGAACCGCACGCCCUGUCUGCUAGGGGUGUGCCCCAAAUUCCAUUCCACCAACGGUGCACAUGA